GGACGCGGCGAGGCGCGGGUAGUGCUCCAGGGACCUUGACUCAGACCGGUUGGACCUAGACUGUAGGGUGGAGCGGGCGGCCGUGGAGAUUUCGCCGCUUUCCAUCGCGCAGAACUCGCAGCCGGGAGUCGCCCAGGUUCCGGCUCCACAUCCAGCCACUUUUCAGCCAGCGACUCGCCGGCGUCGGCGCCUGGACAGGCCGUGGGGGCGGAGCUCACCAUCCCCCGGGCCUCCAAUUGGCUGCUUCUGUUUUCCUUUUCACUUUCCUGGCCGCCGGAGUUCAGAUGUGAAGUGACCGCCAUCUACGAGCCGGCCCUCGGAGUGGAUGCACUUUGCUUUUCCAGGGAAGCGUUAACCUCGCCCAGACGAGUUGGAGCUCUCCACAAGCAACAGUUGCCAAAAAUAAGUUGGGUUUAUAUUGUUUUUUCGGUCGGUGGAAGAUGUUGGCAUUUACGUUCGCCUCCACACAAGUGUUUUGCUAGCAACUUAAAUGACUGUUUUUCUCAAAAAUGCUAUAUAUUUUGCCCUCCAGCUGCUCAUAUCCUUAUUUUCCAUGACAGAUCUUGACGACAAUAUAUGCAGAAAGUAUAUAAAGAUGAUAACUAAUAUAGUUAUAUUAAGCCUGAUCAUUUGCAUUUCUUUAGCUUUCUGGAUUAUGUCUAUGACUGCAAGCACCUAUUAUGGUAACUUACAGCCUAUUUCUCCUUGGCGUUGGCUGUUUUCUGUUGUUGUUCCCGUUUUGAUCGUCUCUAAUGGCUUUAAAAAGAAAAGUUUAGAUCACAGUGGCGCUUUAGGAGGGCUAGUGGUUGGAUUUAUCCUAACCAUUGCAAAUUUCAGCUUUUUUACCUCUCUGCUGAUGUUUUUCCUUUCUUCUUCGAAACUCACUAAAUGGAAGGGAGAAACAAAGAAGCGUCUGGAUUCAGAAUACAAAGAAGGUGGACAGAGGAAUUGGAUUCAGGUGUUCUGUAACGGAGCUGUACCCACAGAGCUGGCCCUACUGUACAUGAUAGAAAAUGGCCCCGGGGAAAUCCCAAUAGAUUUCUCCAAGCAGCACACUGCUUCCUGGAUGUGUUUGUCUCUCUUGGCUGCACUGGCCUGCUCUGCUGGAGACACAUGGGCCUCAGAAGUUGGCACCGUUCUGAGUAAAAGCCCACCGAGGCUAAUAACAACUUGGGAGAAAGUUCCAGUUGGGACCAAUGGAGGGGUUACGAUGGUGGGCCUUGUUUCCAGUCUCCUCGGUGGUACCUUUGUGGGCAUCGCCUACUUUCUCACACAGUUGGUUUUUGUUAAUGAUUUGGAUAUCUCUGCUCCCCAGUGGCCAAUUAUUGCAUUUGGGGGUCUGGCUGGAUUACUAGGAUCAAUUGUGGACUCAUAUUUAGGAGCUACAAUGCAAUUUACUGGUUUGGAUGAAAGCACUGGCAUGGUUGUCAACAACCCAGUGAACGAAGUGAAGUACAUAGCAGGGAAACCCAUUCUUGAUAACAAUGCGGUGAAUCUGUUUUCUUCUGUCCUUAUUGCUCUCUUGCUCCCAACAGCUGCUUGGGGGUUUUGGCCCAGGGAGUGAGCUUUAUUUCAUUUACAAAGGUUAAAACUGUGGUAAAUUCAGCUACAUCUGCAAUCCCAAGUUUCAUUCUAAGAAGAAUAAUUGUAAUGGAAAAGGAAGUGCCAGCUCCUCGCAUCAUAAUGAUGGAAUUCCACCUCUCUACUCCCGUGUAACAGCUAACAUGCUCUAGGGAAAGACAAGAAUACAUAGAACUUACCCUUUUUUUUUUUCUGAUGAAUGGAACUUCUUGAGCAGUGAAGCUACAAUGUCCUUCUAUAUUGGUAUGUAUUGAUCUGAAAGCUAGAUAUUGAACUGAAAGUUCCUACAUGGUAAAUAUAAAUUUUGUUUUCUUUGUUUAAACCAGUGUGGAGACUAAAAGUGAUAAAAUUUUAAAAUGGUUCUCACUUGUGCCAGAGAAAUGCCACUGUGCCAGUUACCCAAAUGUUAUAUCUGUUUUAAGUGGUUUAAGUAGAUGUGUGUGGAAGCCUGAAGAAGUGUAGUAUCCUGGACUUCUUCCAGUCUUUGCCAUGUACAAUUGUGGAAAGGGUGGAGUUUGGUUCCUAGUGAGCUGUGAGGCCCACUCCACAUCUGUUCUUCCUUCCUCAGGGUUAGUAAUGAAAAAAAAAGGAAAUAUCUUUUUCAUACGACCUUUAGAAUGCAUGAAAAAAGUAAAGUAAAAGCAAAAGAGAUCUAGCUUGUAUCUAAAAAACAUGCACCUUACUACAUAUGUCAGUUGAUCUCUGAGCAGAAAUGAUCUCAAAUUGAAUAUUCUAUAAUGUCUUUUCUAGCUUUCUUUAAAAUAUGUAUAGGAAUCUGCUUUACUCUGGCCUCCUGAACAGUUGGAGUCACUGGAAAAUGAUAAUUUUUUUAUUUGCUAUCCUAGAAUUCACUAGAAAAUGCUAUGGCUUCCUAUGAUGUACCUUUUAAGUUAUGCUCUCCUUUACAUUAUUGCCGCAACUAAAGUGACUCCUACUUUUCAUCUUUUUUUCUUCAUUAUGAUGAACUGUGCUAAAGGAAUUUGAUAUGGUAUGGAUUAUUUUUCUAAAUGUAUGUAAAAAUAUUUCUCAUAUGAUUUCCAUGCCUUUCUAUCGCUGCCUCUUGCAUUCUUGGAGCAAAUGGGGAGAGAUUGCAUGAGUAAGCCACCAUCAGAGUGGAUAAAGCUUAGAAUUUUUUAUUGCUGAGUCUACUGCAGUGAUCUAAAACUGACUUAUAUAAUUUAGGAAGGAAGAAAAAGAAAAAUUGACACCCGUACUCCUUAAGCCAAGCAACUCAGUGGGUCUUAACCAUUGUUUUGCAACGUUGGAUAUACAUUGGAAUCGCCUAAGUAUCUUUUAAGAAAAUACUUGUGUCCGGGUUUCACCCCCAAAGAUUCUCAUUUACCUGGUCUGGGGUACAACCUAAGUAUUGGGACAUUUUAAACCUCUGGCUGCCCCUUAGAAUCAUGUAGGAAGUUUUUAAAAACACUUGUCAAGGCCCCUUUCUAGACCAAGUAAAUCAGAAUGUCUGAGAGGGAGGCUGUUUUUAGAAAGCCCUCUGGGAGAGUCUAGUGUUUAAACAGGCUCAGAACUACUAAAUAAGAAUAUCCUAAAGCUAUACCUGAAAGAAGCUUCAAAGGUGUGGGACUUCAUUUUUAUGCAGACAACUACUAGCAGUAGUACUGCAUGCUGUUUCUAUGGGUGAAUAGCCUCUGGUAAUUAAUUAUACAGUGUCUUAUAGCUACAUCACUUACCAAAUCAUUCCUGCAUCAGUUUAUUCCUGCAGCUGCUCUAACAUGCCUUUGCUCUCUUCCUGGAGAUUCAUCCUUGUGGCGUACUGUGGAACAAAAAUAUUUAUUGGAACUAUCUUUGGGUUUGGUAGAAUCAUCAUGUCAUUAACAGUUUUGGAAAAUAUUGCUUCACAAUCUUUUAUGUGAAAACCUAGGGCUACUUGUGGUUUGGAAUAAAAGCUUUCAGAUUUUAGGAAAGUAAUAGGGUACAUAUAAAACAUUUUACUUAAAACUCCAAAACAGUCAAGGUUGACACCCAUUACCAAAUAUACCAAAUUCACUAAUACAUCUGUGGUGAAUAUAUGAAUGACACCAAUAAGUGUGAUAACUAAAGACUCUAAAGAGCCUGAGAUCAGGUCAGGUCAGGUUUUGUCACCAAACUUAGGAAAAAAAUUUCUGUUUUCAGAGCUGUUUUGGAUAUGAGAAUUGUUAAUAAAGAAUUGUGGCUCUUUUUUUUUUUAAUCUUAGAUGUAUUUUACUGUAACAUCCUUUUUAAUUGGAUAUUAAACUGGUUCAGUGUAUUUCUCUAUUGAGUGAGCAGCUUAUAUUAAAAAACACUUUUCAUGGAAAGAGCUCCAUGUAUCAAUAUAAUAAAACAGUAUGUACCACCUAUCUAGGCAUCCUAAAGGUGGACAUGCUAUUUCUUAUCCUAAUGUGCUCGGUAAAGGAAAGCAAGGUGUAUGUGGCUCAGGGCAGCUCCUGGAGGAGACGUGAGGACUUCAGGGAGGGGCCCUGGAAUACGCAUCACAUGGAGCUACCAGGAGAACAAUGACUACAACAACUCAUUUCAUUGUUAGCAUUUCUCAUUACUCGAGUUGUCUAUGCUUCAACCAGGUGCAUAUAGCUCUUUCUUGUUUCUGGUUGCUGUAUAUGUAGGAUGCCAGCUUCAGAACUGCCAGUCACAUCCCAAUUAGGGAUAGGCCUAGUAUAGAGAAAAAUUAUGUGAGGGGAGAUAUUGUAAACUUUGCCUCAUGCCCGCAAUCUUAAUGUUAAUGCACAAUGGGUGUACGAGAGCCCAGUAAACUGAUGUUCCUGAUGCCAGCACAAGGAAAAAAAACUACUUAGCCCCCGAACUCCAGGUGAAUUGCACACAUUUUAAAGGUAUAAACACAAUUAUGCAACUUAGUUUAAUCUCCUAAAAGGAGUAUCAUCUGUUGCUAUAACUCCAAAUGGUCCUGAACAUUUUAAAAAUAUAUGCGUGUUCAAUAUAUGUUUGUGAAAUUAAGUUGUUUGACUCUAAGUAGUGGUUUGUUUAUUUUAAGAGUCACUGGAAGUUGAUAAUCAGGAACAUAUUUCUGGAGGAAAAUAAAAAAUAAAAAAAACUGUGGCUACCUGAAUUGAUGAAGACUGAUGAUUUCAACAUUUCUUAAUCAUGUGUUGCAAUGUUAAUGGUUUUGGAACUCAUGAGUCAGGAAAUGAUGGUAGAAGGAGAGGGGGUGAGGCCACGUUGGCAGGGCAAGGCUCCUGGAAUUACCCUCCCUGCCAAGACUACACAUGUUAAUUCUCUUUCAUUUAUCAAAACCAUCCCCUUCCAAAAUAAUUUUAUACAUGUAUCAACUCUAUGUUUGGAUUUUUACUUUUUUAUUAAUGUUUAAUUACUUAAGUAAUACACUGAACCUAUACUUUUUAAAUAAAAAUUAGAGCAUUACAGAUAGAGUUAAAAUAUCCUUUUGCCUCCACUACCCCUUCAAUAAACCUAGCCCCCUCUCACCUUCCCCAGAUAGCUACUGCUAGAAAUGUAAGUGUUUUCUACAUAAUAAUUAUUUGGGGUGUAUUUUGAUACACAUUCUUUUUUAUCAAUGAAAUGUUAUAAUCCAAGAAAAACCUAUUACGGAAAAAAGAUUAGAAGGAUGUAUGCCAAAAUAUUUAAUGUGUUACCUAGUAAAGAGUACAUGAUUUUAAUGUUUGUUGAAAUAAUUUUGUUACAGUAUAUGAAUUAUAUCUCAAUAAAGCUAUUACAAAAAUAAA